AUGCACUUUGAUCUAAUAAGUCAAAACAUGAAUUGCAGUUCAGUUAUUACUGCUCGAAAUCCAGUAUGGAAUGCAGCUUCGAUGAGCGGUAUUCCUGAAAAAAUUUUGUCCAUUAUAUCUCUUUUCCCAAAAAGUUGUGGAAAGCCGGACGAUGAGACAAGAUACAAAAGCUUGGGUGCAAAACAGAACAUAAAUAUUCAAACGGGAAUCCCGAUCAAAGUUUACGAGCAAUGUUUCACAAACCAAAACUCAAGUAUUCUAGCUACUAUGCUGAUAUCCUCAGGAAAUUUACGUAUCAUAGAAAUCACGGAAGCAGUCAAACCUAACACAAAUUUGUUGAUUGCAUGCACACUUCAAAAACGGGAGCAGAUGGCAGGUCAAAGGGUGAAAGUGAAGAAGGUGCAGAAAACUGAUGACAUGUGCCUUAUCAGAGCCAUCAUAUAUCUUGUGACACAUAAAUACACUCACCCCAUACAGACACGCACAAAAGUAUUCAUCUCCGGUAUUGGGUACAUUCAAUACGGUACCAGUUCUUUUAUUUAUGCAUAA